UUUACUUAUGCGUGUAAGUGUCACAGGGGAACAUUGCUCGAUAGAAGAUAACACCACCUGAGUUACAGAAGAGUCAUCCGGUGUGAUUGCCUCUCGAAUUCGAAUUCUGCCAUGGCCAAUCUCGCAGACUUCUCUCUUUUUCUCCGGUCAACACCCUCCCUUGUCCCCUCCUAUCCGAAAACCACAAUCAACAGAACGUUAAAACUCCAACUCCGGUGCUCAAUCACAGAGCAAUCGACUACUACAAUUUCCCCUGGCGGAAAUUCCCAAUCACCAGCGGAUUGCGUGAUUGUAGGAGGCGGAAUUAGCGGCCUAUGCAUCGCCCAAGCUCUCUCUACCAAGCACCGUGAUAUAGCUACCAAUGUGAUUGUCACUGAGGCCAGAGACCGCGUUGGUGGCAACAUCACAACCAUCGAAAGAGACGGUUAUCUUUGGGAAGAGGGCCCCAAUAGUUUCCAGCCCUCCGAUCCUAUGCUAACCAUGGUGGUGGAUAGUGGGUUAAAAGAUGAUUUAGUUUUGGGAGAUCCUAAUGCGCCUCGUUUUGUGCUCUGGAAUGGGAAAUUGAGACCAGUUCCGUCAAAGCCUACUGACUUGCCCUUUUUUGACUUGAUGAGCUUUGGUGGGAAAAUUAGAGCUGGAUUUGGUGCUCUUGGACUUCGACCUCCACCACCAGGACAUGAGGAGUCAGUUGAAGAGUUUGUCCGGCGUAAUCUUGGUGAUGAAGUUUUUGAGCGUCUAAUCGAGCCCUUUUGUUCAGGUGUUUAUGCAGGUGAUCCUUCAAAACUAAGCAUGAAAGCAGCAUUUGGAAAAGUUUGGAAGCUGGAGCAAAUUGGUGGCAGUGUCAUUGGCGGCACUUUCAAAACAAUUCAGGAGAGAAAUAAGAUACCCAAGCCUCCUCGAGACCCGCGCUUACCAACACCGAAGGGUCAAACAGUAGGAUCUUUUAGAAAGGGACUUAUCAUGUUGCCUGAUGCGAUUGCCAAAAGGUUGGGUAGCAAUGUUAAAUUGUCUUGGAAGCUUUCAAGUAUUACUAAAUUGGAAAAUGGAGGGUAUAGUCUAACAUUUGAAACACCUGAUGGGUCAGUUUCGCUGCAAACGAAAAGUGUUGUAAUGACAGUUCCAUCCCACAUUGCAAGCAGCUUCUUACAUCCUCUUUCUGCUGCUGCUGCUGACGCCCUAUCAAAAUUUUAUUACCCGCCAGUUGCAGCAGUGUCAGUUUCAUACCCAAAAGAUGCAAUUCGGGCAGAAUGCUUAAUAGAUGGUGAGCUUAAGGGGUUCGGCCAGUUGCAUCCACGGAGCCAAGGGGUAGAAACAUUAGGAACUAUAUACAGCUCCUCACUUUUUCCCAAUCGUGCACCAGCAGGAAGGAUUUUGCUCUUGAACUACAUUGGAGGGGCGACCAAUCCUGGGAUUUUGUCCAAGACGGAAACUGAACUUGUAGAGGCAGUUGACCGUGAUUUGAGGAAGAUGCUCAUAAAACCCAAUGCGAAGGAUCCAUUUGUUCUAGGUGUGCGAGUGUGGCCCCAAGCCAUUCCACAAUUCUUGGUUGGUCAUUUAGAUAUCCUAGAUAGUGCAAAAGGUGCUCUGGGAGAUGCAGGCUUGGAAGGGCUGUUUCUUGGGGGCAACUAUGUAUCAGGCGUUGCUUUGGGCCGAUGUGUGGAAGGAGCAUAUGAAGUUGCAGCAGAGGUGACCAAUUUCCUCUCGCAGAAUGCUUAUAAAUGAUGAGCGAUUCUUGUGGAUUUUAUGGAAGGGUUUCAUUAUGCUGUAGCACAGCAGACUAAGUAAAUUCUCUUCGGCUAUUCUGUGAAGUUAUUGAGUUAGCUUAGCUUAUUUGCGGAGGAAUAACUUGUAAAUUUUUCUACCUUUCAUGAAUGUAUUUAGUUGAUGCUUAGCUGUCAUUUCCACUAGUAAAAUGUAAUUUCACCAUUGCUAUUGCUUAUUCAUUACAAGCAUACAAUCCGUCUGACAGGCGUGAAUACAAAAGAUUUUGGCA